UAAGGCAGGAAGCCCUGGUAUCAGAUCUAGCCUGAAUUUCCAGUCCUACUGUCAACUAUCUCUGACACUUGGAGCUUCUCACUUUACCCAUUUCUUUCUGAUCUGUAAAAUGAUAAUAAUGGGUACUUUCUGCAUUUCUCCCUCUCAUUUCUCAAAAUUUUCUGCUUCUUUUGCAUGAAGUCUCUGGAAUUUAAUUUGGCCACACCUGCCAUAAUCCUUGCCCUGGCUUUUCCUUGGAAUUUGUCUCCAGCUCAAAGUCUCCUUCACCAAGGCAGGGCAGAAAGCACCACUUGGUGCCAUUGCCAGUUGCCAAUGCUCCAGCUGACAGCCAACCCGGCAAAGGCCCUUGCAGAUGAGCCGGUGCACAUCCGGGUAACAGGUCUGCCCUCAUCCCAGGUGGUGACCAUCAAGGCUUCGCUGAAAGAUGAGAAGGGGAAUCUGUUCCAGUCCAAAGCCUUCUACAGGGCUAACGAGGCUGGUGAGGUAGACCUGGCAGAGGCUCCUGCAUUUGGAGGAGACUACGUGGGGGUCCAUCCAAUGGGUCUCUUCUGGUCUUUGAAGCCUGAGAGGGCUCUCCGGAGGCUGCUCAAACAGGAUGUGAUGAGCAGCCCCUUUUGGGUCACUCUGGAGCUAUAUGACUCAGUUUGCAUCCAGGAUUCUGCCACGGUUUUGCCCAGGGCCAGCCAGAUGGUGCAGCGCUGGUUCUCGGGUCCAGGGGUGCAGCGGCAGCAGAUCCGAGAAGGUCGAGUGCGAGGGACAUUUUUCCUUCCUUCAGGAGAAGGCCCUUUCCCAGGAGUCAUUGAUAUGUUUGGAGGCAUUGGGGGUCUGGUGGAAUUUCGGGCCAGUCUUCUGGCUGCCCAUGGCUUUGCGGUGCUGGCAUUAGCAUAUUUUGCCUAUGAAGACCUGCCUGACAAAUUGCUGGAGGUGGACUUGGAAUAUUUUGAGGAAGCUGCCAAUUUUCUACUAGCUCAUCCCAAGGUCCAAAGACCAGGAAUUGGCGUGCUCUCCGUGUGCAAAGGGGCAGAGAUUGGGUUAGCCAUGGCCUGCUACCUGAAGCAGGUGGUAGCCACUGUCUGCAUCAAUGGGUCCAAUGCCAUCACUGAAGUUCCACUCAGGUACAAGGACCUGGUUGUGACACCCAUCAACUUGUUUCCGGAGCGCACACAGUUACACAUCUCUGGGGCUCUGCGCCUCCGCCACUGCAGAGGAGAUCCCUGGGAGCUGAAUCGGCAGAGUGUGCUUCCAGUUGAAAAGGCCCGGGGUUGGAUACUCUUCAUCGUCGGAGAGAAUGACGAAUUUCUGGAUGGCAGAGCACACGCGGAGCAAGCCCUGGCUCAGCUGCGGAGCCACGGCAGAAGCAACGGAAGGAUACUGGCAUACCCGGGGGCAGGCCACCUCAUAGAGCCACCCUAUGCUCCUCUGUGCUACAUGUCUUGGAACCCAGGCAUUUCCCUCCCCCUGCUCUGGGGAGGGGACCGUGUUGCUCACGCGGCAGCCCAGGAGCACGCCUGGGGGGAAAUCCAGAAAUUCUUCAGGCAGCAUCUGACCCCGGCUGGAAGUUAAUUCUGAGCAAGCACUGGUGAUGAUGGGGUGGGGCAGGGAGGCUGGUGUGGGGGCAAAAACGUAUGAGGAUAAGGAGGGAUCAGAUGGUGAGACAGGAGCUCCUGGGGUCUUUAAGUUCACACUCAUCCUGAACCCACUGGGAGGAAGUGAGUCAGAGGUCAAGGGUGCACAUGCAUCUGAAGUAAUUCUGAUAAUUUUGUUUGUGCUUUGAAUGUUUGUAAAUUGAAUACUAGUUUAUAUGUGCCAGGAUACACUGCUAUGUCAAAAUUAUAAGACCCCUGAAAAUGGCAUAAUCUUUUGUUUUAUUCCCAGUUGGGGAAGCCUUGGAUUCAAGGCAUUGCUAAUCCAGAUGAAAUCUUCAGAAUUUUCAAGUUAUUUGCAGAAAUACAUUUUCUGUCUAAACUGUUUUGAGUGGGCUUCUGGCACUUGAUAUGAGAAGUUCAUGCUCACUGUAGAUUUCCAGUUAGAUGCUGUAGCAUUUUUAAAAAUCAGGAAUAGGAUUGUAUUUAACCAAGCACCUUUGUAACAUGUUGAAAUUAUGUGCCUUCCACAUAACAAGUACUACAUCAAUUACUCUGUCAUGAUGAUUUUCAUAACUUCAAUCUGUCAGGAUGGUGAAUUACAUUCAUGAAUAAACUAAUUUUGCUUGCUCAUCUAAUUUUAACAAUAAAUUUCUCAUACUGAA